AGAGAUCACGUGACAUGCUCUGACUGGUACAGUGCGCCUGCAUCACUGAUCUCAGACCGUCUGAGAGCACAUCAGAGAAACAUCAUCAUGAAGAAUCUCUUACUACUCUUCUGUUCUUUGCUUCUGAGCGGUGUGUUUGGUAAAGAUGAAGUGACGUCAGUGAAAGAGGGAGGUUCUGUUACUCUACACAUUGAACCUAAUGACUUAAAGAAGAAAUCUUCCAAUCUGGUGUGGAGAUUUAACAACAUAAUUAUAGCAAAUGUAAAGGAUAAAGAAGUAUUUGACACUAAAGAUAAGAUAUUCAGCGGCAGACUGGAGAUGAACCCUCAGACUGGAGAUCUCACCAUCACGCAUAUCACAUCUCAACACUCUGGACUUUAUCAUCUGGAGAUCAUAGGCAGCAAAACGUCAAUAAAGAACUUCAGUGUUUCUGUCAUUGGUGAAGAGAACAUGUCAGUGAUGGAGGGAGAUCCUGUUACUCUACACACUAAUGCUACUCGUAUACAGGCCGAAGAUGUGAUACAGUGGUUUAAAGAUUCUCUCAUAGCUUAUUCAAACAAAACAACCACCACCACAGGCAGAUUUGUUAUGAAUUCAGAUGGAUCUCUCUUCAUUUUAAAGAUCAGAUCUAAAGAUUCUGGAGUUUAUGAUGUAAACAUCACUGGCAGCAAACACAUUCACAAGAGAUUUAAUGUUACUGUCACUGAAUCAAGGUCAAACGGGGAGAAAACUGGUCCAGGAUUAUUGGUAGUACUGAUCCUGAUGGGGAUAUUCCUGAUGAGUUGAUCAUCUGAAAGAACAAGAAGAAAAAAAAGACAAGAAAGAAACAAGAAAGAGACGGAUGAACAUUUGAAGAUUGAGACUUCCAACAACAGCUCAUAGUCACAGAAUACAGAUGAACACAAAAGUCUUUUCAAAUCUAACGUAUAUACUGCUGUAUGACAUUUAGCUGUGAAACUUAAAGGUCUAGUAAAGUUGUUAAUUUUGUUUUGUUUGUUUUUUUACCUGCAUGAACACAGGGAUUAUUCAUGUUUAGAUACAUGACACCUGUUUAAAGGGGUCAAAUGACACGACUAAAAUGAAUAUUAUGGUGUGUAAUGCAAUGUGUAUACAGGAUUUAAGGUUCAUAAAUGCUGUAUUUUCCACAUACCGUGCAUGUUUGUAUCUCCUCUUUGCUCCGCCUCUCUGAAACACGCAGAUUUU